AUGCGCCUGGUUCGUCCAGUGCUUUGCUCUUUCGCUCGCGCCGGGCAUCGGUUACAGGCUCAGCCAGCAGCUGCAUUCAGAGCAAGCGGAAGCUUCUGUGCCGACCAGACCCGCGGAAGUUCCUUUGUACCGGGAAGGAAACGAGCAGUUGCUCUCACCCCGUGUCUCGCAAAUGCUCCGACAGCUGGACCCCUCCAGGCCUAUGCUAAGCUAGUACUCAAGGGGGAGAUACGGGAAGACAGGCACCAAGUGAAGGCGCUACACUUACUGCAAACGCUGCAUGCGUCUUUGGAAGGCUACCGACCACAGGUUCCGCUUCGCGAACAGCAUCUCGGAUUGUGGUCGUCUGUCCUCAACUCUUUGGGGGGCAACAAUGACGACAACGGCAGCAGCGGUGGCCAUUCUCAGCCAACCGAGAACACCCCGCGAGGCAUUUACAUGCACGGGGGAGUGGGAACAGGGAAGACAUUUAUGAUGGACCUAUUCUUCCAGGAGUCACCCGUAACCUCGAAAAGACGAGUGCAUUUCCUGGACUUCAUGCUAGACGUCCACCAGCGGAUGCACAAGUGUCGGCAAAGAGGCAUCAGCGGAGAAGUCAUGGUCUCGACCGUCACGGAUGAGAUCUUGGAGGAAGGCUGGCUGCUCUGUUUCGACGAGAUGCAGGUGACGGAUAUCGCGGACGCCAUGAUGAUCCGGCAACUGUUUUCCGGCUUGUGGGGGAAGGGGGCGGUUGUCGUGGCCACGUCCAACAGACCCCCGGACCACCUGUACCACAAGGGUCUCCAACGGGCGGCGUUCCUGCCGUUCAUCGAGCAGCUCAAGGAGAGGAGCCACGUGCACUCCCUGGAGGCCUCUCGCACGGACUACCGCCUGCUCAAGGGUGUCGAUUCUGUGAGCAAGGUGUACCUGAGCCCCGACAACGCGAAGAGCCGGGAGGAGUUUGACAACCUGUGGAAGGCCAUCAGCGGUGGGGUUCAAACCGUUCCCGUGAAUUUAAGUGCGCAGGGGCGGUCGGUGAGAAUCCCUCGCGCUGUGAAGGGGGGCCGGGUGGCCAUGAUGACCUUCGACGAGCUGUGCGGUAAGGCCCUCGGAGCUGCGGACUAUACCGCCAUCUCGGAGGCCUUCCACACCUUGUUCGUGCAUGGGGUGCCCAUGAUGAACCUCGUCCACAUCAACCAGGUCAGGAGGCUGAUCACGCUGGUUGACGUCAUGUACGAGCGUGGCGUGAAGUUGGUUUGCCUGGCGGAGGCGCUUCCUCUGGAGCUGUUCGAUCCAGGACCGGGUCGGCGUGAGGAUAUGCCCGACGAGGUGUUUGCCUUCGGGAGAACAGCCUCCAGGCUGACCGAGAUGCAGGGGCAGAAGUACCUCAAGAGAACCUGGAGACCUAGCGAGAACUACUUGGUGCGAUUCACGGGGGAACAGCUGAGCGACGAGGAGUUGGUCAAGAUCUGGGAGGCGUACGAUGUGAACGGGGACGGUCGGAUGGACAGGGAGGAGCUGUCUUUCCUCAUGGAAGAUCUUUGCGAGGCGAAGAACGGCCAUCGGAACGUUCCCACGGAGGCGCUGGACACUACCUUUAAGGCGAUGGACCUGGAGAACGAGGGCUACGUGAGCAACAAGACUUUCAUGAGGUUUGGACGGAGGUUCGGUCUGACCGUGUGGUGGUGAAGAGCCUCGAGUCGCGUAACAGCUCAUGUGCCCUAGGCAGCAUGCGGCGGGAACGGCGGCGGCGGGUUCUCUUGAAAUAUUUAGCGAGAGGGUUGAU